AUGGCUCCUUUCCUCACGAGUGAUAUCAGCGAGAAAGAGACAGAUCGAAAGCAAGACGCUUCGGCUGCAAACGGAAGGGAGAGCAUUACUCAACUCGACAACUCAGAUCAAGCGGAAAAUCAUGUUGUUGAUACCGAGUUUCUCAUCGUUGGAGCUGGGCCAGCGGGUGCAGCUUUGGCUUGCUUUCUCGGUUCUUAUGGUCUCAAGGGUAUAAUGGUCAGCAGUGCACCGGGAACAGCAAAUACUCCACGGGCACAUAUUACCAACAUGGCAGCGCUGGAAUGUCUACGUGAUAUUGGUUUGUAUGAUGAGCUGAAGAAACUGGGAUCUACGGGGGCCGACCAUAUGCAGCACACUCGAUGGUGUCACAGUAUGGCAGGCGAGGAGUACGCACGUAUCUAUUCCUGGGGAAAUGAUCCGAAGAGAAAGGGGGACUAUGAGCAGGCUAGCCCAUGCGAACCAUUCGAUUUGCCGCAAACUAUUCUGGAACCUUUUCUGGUUCGCCAUGCGGCUUUAAAGGGCUUCAAAUGCCGCUUUGACACGAAGCUGGUUUCAUUCGUGGAGAAUGUAGAAACUGGCUUCAUAACAGCUACUAUGCUUGAUAGCAUCUCCAACCAGACCUACCAGAUCCGCACGCGGUAUCUGUUUGGCGCUGAUGGUGCCCGGAGUGUGGUGGUAAAGCAGCUUAAUCUGCCUCUUGCGGUCCAGCCUGGCCAGGGUAUCGCAAUCAACGUGCUGGUCCAAGCUGAUCUUUCGCAUUUGGUCAAGAACAGGACGGGAAAUCUUCACUGGGUGAUGCAGCCGGAUUGUGAGCAUCCUGAAUUUGGGUGGAUGGGGAUCGUCCGCAUGGUCAAGCCGUGGAAUGAAUGGAUGUUCAUCCUAUUCCCUAACCGCGAUUAUGACCGUUCUCAGAGCAAGCCAUCUGAGGAGGAUUAUCUUGCGAGGGUGCAGCAAUUCAUCGGCGAUAACACUCCUGCAAAAAUCUUGAAUGUUUCAACGUGGUAUAUUAAUGAGAUCGUUGCGGAACAAUACGCAAAAGGCAAUGUCUUCUGCCUAGGCGAUGCCGUGCAUCGUCACCCACCCUUGAAUGGCCUGGGCUCCAACACUUGUAUCCAGGAUGCCUACAACCUGGCCUGGAAGAUCGCCUAUGUACACAAGGGCCUUGCAGGGCCGUCGCUUCUCUCGACCUAUUCUGUCGAACGACAGCCUGUAGGUCACUCGGUCAUCACCCGAGCAAACCAGGCAUUCCGUGACCAUUUCCGUGUAUGGGAAGCACUCGGCAUGCUGCCGAAGGAUUUAUCCGAACGUAAACAGAUCCUUCAAGAGCUGAGCAGCGCUACAGCGGCAGGGACAAUCCGCCGCCAGGCCUUUCAAGCGGCAAUAAAGCAUACCUCUCACGAGUUUCAUGGAUUGGGAGUCGAAAUGAACCAACAUUACGAAAGCCGAGGGAUUUAUACCGCUGACGAGCCGCUUCCAUACACACCCUCUUCACUAACGGCCGAGGAUAGUGUACUAUUUUAUGAACCAAGUACAUAUCCUGGCUCUCGAAUGCCGCAUGCCUGGCUCAAUAAAGCAAUUCCAGAGGCAGCAAUCUCUACUAUCGACAUUGCCGGCAAUGGCGGUUUUGUCCUUCUGACUGGGAUUGGAGGUGGCGCGUGGAAAGAUGCAGUUGGCGCCGUUGCUGAAAAGCUUAAAGUGCCCAUUCGAGCAUACUCUAUUGGAUUCCGACAAGACUGGGAGGAUGUAUAUUUCGAGUGGGAAAGCGUGCGUGGCGUGGAUGAAUCUGGAGCCGUACUAGUGCGCCCUGAUCGAUUCGUUGCCUGGCGCGCAUCGAAGGUUUUGCAGGACGAGGACGCAUGUGCGUCAAAGCUUCUAACAGUCAUGAACAGUAUUCUGGGGUAUUGA